AAAAAAUUUCUCAGUCAUGUUCCUCUGACUCUAGACAUGGUCAACCAGAGAGUUCUUCUUGUCCUGCGUCUUUAUGAUAAAAUCAACCCAGAUAAAUUGACGUUAGAGUCACAUUUCAUAAAUGACUUGGGACUUGAUUCGCUGGAUCACGUUGAGGUCAUCAUGGCAAUUGAAGAUGAAUUUGGGUUUGAGAUUCCUGACUCAGAUGCUGAGAGAUUACUGACUCCGGCCCACAUUGUGCAGUACAUUGCUGAUAAGGAAGACUUGCAUUGA